UGUACCCCUAUAAGCCCGAUCAGGCCAGCGCUUAGCCAAUAAGGAGUGGGUGGGUUGGGCUGAUUCUGGGGAAGACCAGAUGGCCGUCCCGAGAAUCAAUAGAAAAACAAGGAGUACUCCUCAGCCGUAAGCACAGACUGUACACGUUUCAACCCUUGCUUCCUCGCACCUUCUCCCUCGUCGCCAUCUGUUUUGAGAGCGAGACUGUGACGAAUUGUUACAGUCGCCAGAAGCCAAUCGCCAAUGUCAGAGGGAGUCCGCGCACGCUCAAGGUCACUUCUUUCGGACGACCUGAAAGCAGCGCUCAAGCCGGCACCACCGCCAUCGAUACCUGCAAACAUGAACACCACCGAGCCAAAGAACCCGCUCAAGAAGCCCAUCCACCCAGCUGCCAUCCAUUUCCCCAUCGCAUUCAUUGGCCUGGCAGUCGGCCUCGACAUCCUCCACGCCAUUUCCGGCAACCUCCCGGCCGCCAUCGCCAACAAUGUCCCGGUCGCUACGGACCUGACGCGGGCAUCCUACUUUCUCCUCUCGCUUGGUCUCCUGACCAGCAUUCCAGCCGUCAUCACCGGCGUUGGUGAGGCCAAGAAGGCCAUCGAUAAGCAGGGCCUGUACGAGAAGGAUGGCAAGACCAUCAAGCAGAAGUUUAAGGGCGUCAUCGCCCAUGCCAUUGUGAACGACAUUGUCAUCCUUGUUAUGGCGUAUGUGUGGUAUGCCCGUCGUAGUGCGGCGACCAAGACGCUCGCUGGCAAGAUGGGCCUGGGUAGCGCGCUGAUGGGAGGUCUUCAGCUCUUUGGUGCUAACAUUGGUGGCUCGCUUACUUACAACUAUGGUUUCGGUAUGGCAAUCGGCUCCGGUGGCAAGAAGGCGCAGUAA